AUGCUGCUGAAGACGAUACUCGUGUGCGCGGCGUGGCUGGCGUGCGCGCAGUGCCAGCAGGGGCCCACGACGACACCGGUGCCGAUUCUGAAGCAGAUCAACAGGCAGAACGACGACGGGUCGUACAGCUACGGCUACGAGGCGGCGGACGGCUCGUUCAAGAUCGAGACCAAGUACCCCAGCGGCGACGUCGCCGGCAAGUACGGAUACGUCGACGAGAACGGGAAGCUGCGCGAGAUAUCCUACGGGGCCAGCAGCAAGCGGGGCUUCGAGCCGCAAGGUCAGGGCAUCAUGGUUCCGCCGCCGACCCUCAACGACCCGUCGAACGCGCUGACCGACGGCCAAGAGGACGACGGCCAGUACCGCGAGGACCCCAAGAUCUACGAGGACCCGAAGUACAACGGCCGCGCGCAAAGCAGACCGGCGUCCAACUUCAGACAGUACCACCAGCCAGCGCAGCCAGCGCAGCCCGCGUAUCAGCCGGAGCCGCAGUACCAGCCGGCGCAGUACAGACAGCCCGCUCCGGCGUACCAGCCAGCUAACCCAGCCCCCCAGCCCCAACCUUCGCAGUACCACCCGCAGCUCUUCAGCCAGCAAUCGAACCUGUUCAGCCAAGCGCCGCAGCAAUUCCCGCAAGAGCGCCCCCAAAGCCAGGUCUACCACCAGCAGCCGCAGUUCUCCUACCAGGCAUACACGCCUCAACCCUACAGCCAGUACCAAAGCCAGAGCCCGCAGGCUUCUAAUUACCAGCAAAGCUACCAACCGCAAAGCUACCAGCCGCAGAGCUAUCAAGGCCAAAACUACAACCCCUUCUCUGGUCACCCAGCCCAGAACUUCGACCCAAGCUCCGGUUCUUACAGCAUCAACUACACCGGGAAA